AUGGCGGCAUCGACGAAGAAGAUCUCCGGCGAACUGAACUUCGAAACCUGGGCUCCAUCCACCAAAACCACACUGAUGCAGAAAGGACUUUGGGAGGUCGUCGAAAACGGAGUCCCGCCAGAUCCAUCAAAAAAUCCAAAGCUAUCAGCGACGAUUCAACCUGAAGAACUCUCGAAAUGGAGAGAUCUCGUGGUGAAAGACACCAAAGCGCUUCAGGUAAUUCAAUCAUCUCUUCCGAACUCUGCCUUCAGGAAGACUCUCUCUGCCUCUUCGGCAAAAGACGCUUGGGAUUUGCUCAAAAACGGUAACAAAGCGGUGGAGCUAGUUCGGUUAGAGAAGCAAUUCCAAGAACUCAGCAUGAAGGAAGGAGAGACGAUUGAAUCCUACGUAGGUAGAGUCACGGUGAUCCUCGAAGAGAUGCGUCGUUUGAACAGAGUGAAAUCGAAGUACGAGGUUAACAAGAAGGUGCUGAGUUCGCUCAAGAUGCCGUAUACGAUUGUGGCUCCGUGUUUGGAAGAGAACGCGGAGAUUAUGGAGAACAUGUCUCUUGAAAGUCUUCCUGAUUUUUUCGAUUUUUAUGAUUCUGUAUCCGAGGAGGUUUGCCUUCUGAUGAUGAAGGGUAUGAGUCUUGACUUGACGCGUGGCAAGUGGUGUGGUAUGUGCAAGAAGAGGAAUCACAACGAGGAGGAUUGUUAUUACAACCCUAGAAACGGGAGUUCGAGGCGUGGUAAGUGCUUUCAGUGUGGAGAACAAGGGCACUUUGCGAGAGACUGCAAGAGAAAGAAUCAGGAGCAGCAAGUGGAGGAAGUUGAAGUUGAGUACUUGAUGCACGCAGAGGAAGCGUUAGGUGAAGGCACUUGUGAUGAGGAUGUGUGGAUGGUGCACCCCUGCGGUACCACGAAUCAUAUGACUCCAAACGACAAGUACUUCUCUGGUUUGGACAGAACACAUAAAGCGUAUGUUGGAUUAUCAGACGGAAAAGUUCUCAAGGUGGAAGGACGAGGAGAUGUGAAGAUUGUGAUGAAGGAUGGGAAGAAGAAGACGAUGAAGAACGUGCUUUUCGUUCCUGGGUUGAAGGAAAACGUGCUGAGUCUUGAUGAGUUGACCGCAAGAGGCUAUUCAGCAAGAAUGGAACCAAAGAAAUGCACGUUCCACGACCGAACUGGGGCGGUGUUUGGGGAGCCUGUGUGGGAUGAGAGAGGACCAGCUCUCCGUUUGAAUGUGGUUGAAGGUAAUCUCACCUCUUAG